UAUUUGUUUGGAAAUUCCUGAAUUAAAAGUGGUGAUUUUCUUUAUUUAUUAUUAUAAUUUUGUAUUUCUAACAUGUAUUUUUAUCUCAACAUUUGUUAGUGUUUCAAAUUACGUGCCUAAACAAUAACGUUAACGUAAAAAAACAAAAAAUUCUAAGCAACUGAAGUUAACUUCCACUAUUUUGUACGUACACCCUGUGCCAUGUAAAUGCAAUCAGAUGUUCACUCACACUUUCGCAUUACAAUUCAGUGUUGCCGCAUGAAAAGUUUCUCGUUCAAUCUGUAGAUAUUGCUGGCAACAUCUUCUGACGUAAAUUGUCUUGUUCUGACAUUUCAUUUCUUACUCACGAAAUUUCUUGGAAACUUCUUCCAAACUAAGUUUAGUUUAUCUGAAGUGAUUCACUAGUUAGGUAAAAGUUAAAGACAUCUUAAUAAUAUACGAUUAAAUUAAUUUACCAAAAAAAAAGAAACAAAAAUAUCAUCAUGUUGAGAGCAAUUAGUAAAACAACACCGUUAUUGACAGAAUCAAUAUUGAAGAAAACUCUGUCACUGUCAGCUUGCAGUCCGAAAAGAUUCGUAAUUAAAGAUCAUUUUGAUUUUGAUAAGAAGGUCAUAAAUGCGGAUAAUGCAGUUGUCGUGAAUUUUCACGCUGAAUGGUGUGAACCCUGUAAGAUUCUUACGCCAAAAAUGACAGAACUACUCGAGGACAAUCCUGAUAUUGAUUUGGCUGUCGUUGACGUCGACUCAAACAUAGAAUUAGUAAACUUGUUUGAAGUGAAAGCUGUGCCGGCAGUGCUGGCAUUUAGAAAUGGUGUGGUAGUUGAUAAGUUCAUAGGCCUUGUUGAUGCAAACAUGAUUGAAGAUCUCAUCAGUAAUCUGCAACGAAAAAAAAAAAUAUAAACGUUUUUUCGCUGCAAUUAGAUGAAUACAUAAAUAUAACAAAAAAAGAAUUGUUGAUUUAAUUUGUGGUGCCCAUGAUAAUUAUCUAUAAACAAACAAUGCCGAGACAAAAGAAAAUAAGAAACAGAAAAUUAAUGUGAUAAGACGAGAUGAGCCUUACUAACUUAAUAAUAACAAGAGUAGCCCUUGUCAUAAGCCUGUAACUUAUGUAUAUACAUAUAUCUGGUCACUCCCCGUAUACACACACUUAGACACCCACACACACAAACUUUCUCCUAGGCAGUUCUUCAUAUAUUUUGUUUUUGUUAUUAAGUAGUAGCGGUCAUCAAAGGACGAUAUCGUCUUAUCUUACAGUACAACGAAUAUUAUUUAAGUUUUAUUCCUAAGGUCCUUCACAACGCCACUGUAUCGACGGAAUGAAUGAAUGAACUGGGUCAAGGAUAUGAAAUCACUUGAUAAGCAAAUUAAUAUUUCUCAGGCAAUAGCCGAUUAGAUCACUCAAAAAAUAAUUGUCAAUUUAUUAAUUCAUUGAUUGAAGCUUAUGAUUAAAAAAAGAAUUUUUUUUCUUCUUUAAACAAUUUUCUUUACUUAUUUUUAUUUCCUAUCUUUCAAAAUGUUUACCUAAGUAGUUUGUUAAGCAGUGAUUUAAUCAAACAAGAGUGUUUGUUUAUUUUAUUUUCAAUUAAUGAUUAGAACUUUUUUUACAUAUUUUGUCUUUAUAUAAAAUGAUUUGGUGUGGGAAGAAGUUUAUUUGAAAUUGUGGCUUGUUAGUUAAACUUUUUGAUUAGAAUUUUAUGAUUUUACGUGAAGUUUUCAGUUUUCUAAGGAUUACUGAAAUUGGAGUUUUCACCAUUUUCCAUUUUAGAAAAUCAUUCGUCGAAACUUUCUCAGAAAUAAAUUUAGAAAAAAACUUUUAAAAUGGCCACUUUUUAUGAAUUAAGAAAAUAAAAUUAAAUAUUUUUGGAAAUUCUUAUAAUUUUUAAGCGAACUUACAUUGGAGAACUUCUUUGAUCAAGUUAAGAAGAAGAAAAAUCAGAAAAGCUUUUUUUCUGAGUGUCGCUGCUUUAUCGACUCAAUUUUUGCGUAAACUUUCAUAAAUUUAAACUGAGCUUUCAAAUCUUUAUCAAACUGUUCUCUGACAAGAAUCUCUUAUUAAAGUAGGUUGUUAUUCGUGUUUUGUAGAAUAAAAAAUUAAUUAAACACCUAUACAUGAAUGAAGUUUUAUGACUUUCCGUUAUGUUCUGAACGUAGUUUUAAUAGUUCUGAACGAGAAACAGUUCAAUUAAAAUACCUAAUUACCGAGAUGAUGACGAAGAUAAGCAAUUAAAUUAUCAAUAAACAUUUAUUAAACGUUUAUUUAUUUCAUUUAUUUAUAUCUUAAUGAAAUUCCUGUAAGGUUGAAGAAAAUAAGAACUUUAAGCGUUUUCAAAAAUCACCGGAAAGAAUAUCUUUUUGAGCAAUAUGAGAUUAAGCUUUGCGAAAGAGUUUGUGUAAGUAAUUGUUUUUGUUGCUUUUUUUUUCAUUGAAAUAAUGUUGAUUAAAGUAAACUUACCUUAGCUUUGUAAUUAAAAAAUCUGAAGAUCUGAAGAUAAAGAUAAAGAUCUGAAAAUAAAAUAAAAUCUUGCUCUGUUUUUAUUUUUUUUUUAUUUAUGUCAACUUAUAAUAAUUUGGUUCAUUGUAAGAAAAUACAUAAGGAAUAUAAAUAAAAAUAAUUAAA